AUGCGUUCUGACCAAGUUUCUAUUUUAAGGAGCACAAUAACAAAUUUUAAUGAAACCAUAACAACAUUUAAUGACAAUAAAUUAUUAUUUGAUAAAAAUAUGAAAAAAAUUGAAAACACUAUUAACACCAUGAGUAUUGAAUUAGCAGACGAAAAUAAACAAAUUAUUAUUCUAAGAUUAAUAUCCCUGAUUGAAAAUAAUAUUAGUGAAUUAGAUAUAUUUGUAACGAGGUUACAAAGAAUAAUUUCAAACGUUCAAACGAAUAAAUUGGAUGUUUUUAUAAUUACACCAGAUCAGUUUUUGUCGGAAAUAAAACGAAUGGAAAAUAUCCUGCCGGAAAAUUUACAAUUCCCUAUAAAAUUUAAUGAAGAUAAUAUACAAGAAAUAUACAAAAUAUUACACAUAGACCUUCACCCAAUGAACGAUAGACUAAAAUUUUCAAUAAAAAUUCCAUUAUGUAUCAUCGACAUUUUCAAAUUAUAUUAUAUUCUACCGAUAUAUAUUCCAAUCAAUGAAUUAGGACAAUUUAUACAUAUGACUGAAAAUCCAAUGUACUUAAUAACAGACGAUUUGGUGACAAAUUAUUUUAUUUGGUCAAAUAUCAAUAACUGUGUAAAAGUUGCUAACACUUUUGUUUGUGGUUUUAAUGAAAUCAUACACAAUAGUGUUACUGAUCCCACUUGUGUAACAGAAAUAUUAAAAAAUUCUAUAGCCAAACCUACCCAAUGUGAUACUUAUAUCACUGAAUUUAAAAAAGAGUUAUGGUACCCAUCAUAUUUCAAAAAUAAUUGGUACUUUGUAUGUGUAAAGCCUACUAUAAUCACGAUAAUUUGUAAUAAACGAUCUUUUAUUCAUAGGCUAACAUUAAAAAGUUCUGGUAAAUUAUUCCUGAAAGCUGGUUGUCUUGCUCAAACACAGGGCGUUAUAAUAACAGAACAAAUAUUAGAAUCGUCAUUUGUAACACAACCUUUAGAGUUAAGCCUUUUAAAUGAUUCGUGCUGUAAUAUUGCAGUUAAUCGACUAUAUCCGAAACCCAUUCAUUUAGAUGAAAUUAAAAAUUUGAUAAAGAGUCUUUCGAUAAAAUAA